AUGGGCAAAAAAAGAUACAAUGCUAAGGCGCGCCAAGUUGUAAAAACGAAUGUUGAUAACUCUAAAACUAAUGAGAUAAAAUUGGAAUUUGCUAAUGAUGAAUAUGGAUCUAAAGACCCUAGCAAUCUCUUGGCUUUGCCAUCUAAAAAAAGGCAAACUAAGAUAGUAACAGAAAAGAAAGAGAAAACUAGGUUUCUGUCUAAGGCUCAGAGGAAGAGAUUAGAAAAAGUCCUUGACAAAAAGAAGAAAAAAGAGAAUCGGGCAAAUUUAUUAGAGUCCUUAUCUCAAGUACAAGCAAGUCAAGAUGAAGUUAGUCGAUUCACUACCAUUUCAGCUAUUCAAACACUUGGACUAAGAAAACUAAGUGAACUUAACUAUGAAACAGCUGAAAUUAAGCAACAACAAAAUUCUGAAAUAAAUGAAACUAAAAAGUUUAGCAGUAUUGCAGGUGCAAAAAAACGAUUACGUCUUUUAAAAUUAGAGAAUUCUGAUAAAAUAAAGAAAAAGAAGUAUGAUCCCAAUACUGUUAGUUUAGAAGAAUCAUCAGAAGAGAGCUCUGUUGAAGAAACAGAUGAACAAUCUGAUUUAGAACCCCCAGAAAGUCAAGAUAUGGCAUCAGAAACGAAUAGUAAAGACAGAGUCCAAAGCUCAAUAGAUUGUAAUACAAAUAUUGGUAAACAAAUAGCUAAGGAGCCUAAAAAUCCUAAUGAAGCCAGCAAGAUAGAUUUAACACAGGAUGUUAAAGUGAAAACUCAAAUUACAAAAGAAGAAAAAGUUAAAAAGCCAUUAACACAUGAAACAGUACACAUAGAAGUGAAAAGGGAUCCAAAAGUUCAAGUAGCAAGAUUAAAAUUGCCAAUUUUGGGUGAAGAACAAAGAAUAAUGGAACUGAUAAAUGAAAAUGAAUUUCUUAUUGUAGCAGGAGAAACUGGUAGCGGUAAAACAACUCAGAUACCCCAGUUCCUCUAUGAGGCGGGAUAUGCGGAGAAGCAAAUGAUCGCUGUAACUGAGCCACGGCGAGUUGCUACUGUUGCUAUGUCGGCCAGAGUCGGUCAUGAAUUAGCGCUUACGAGUAAAGAGGUCUCAUAUCUCAUGCGGUUUGAGGGUAAUGUCACUAAGGAUACGAAGAUUAAGUUUAUGACUGAUGGUGUUCUCCUUAAAGAAAUUCAGUCAGAUUUUCUUCUAAGCAAAUAUUCAGUGGUUAUAAUUGAUGAAGCGCACGAAAGGAGUGUGUAUACGGACAUAUUAUUGGGGUUGUUGUCAAGAAUUGUGCCUUUACGGAGGAAGCGAGGAAGUCCACUUAGACUUAUUAUUAUGUCUGCCACACUUAGAGUUGAAGAUUUUACGGAAAACACUAGAUUGUUUAAGGAACCACCACCGAUGAUUAAAAUUGAUUCAAGGCAGUUUCCAGUAACAAUACAUUUUAAUAAGAAUACAUAUGACAAUUAUCUCAAAGAAUCGUAUAAGAAGGCUGUGAAAAUACAUACACGGCUGCCGGAAGGUGGAAUACUUAUUUUUGUCACUGGACAACAAGAGGUCAACUAUUUAGUGCGUAAGUUAAAAGCGUCGUUCCCGUACAAGAAAGAUGUCGAUUACUCCAAAUUAAUAACAAAGAAACCGGUCGCUGAAACAGAUACGGCCCUGGAUUCUGAACCAGAAGACAUAGAGUCUGAUGAUGAUGAGGUAGAAAAAGAAAUGAAGCGAGCAAAAAAAGCCAGAAGGAAGGCAAAAAAGAAAGCAAAGGAGUUACCAAAAAUAAAUUUGGACGAUUAUGAUAUACCAGAAGAUGAUGGCCAGGCAGAUUUGGUGGGUCAUGAUGAUGAUAGUGAGGGUCACUUGAGUGAUUCAGACAUCGAAGACGACAUCCUAGCACCUGAAAUCAAAUCGUGUAGACAACCUCUUUGGGUGUUGCCUCUAUUUUCCAUGUUAAGUUCGUCGAAACAAGCUCGUGUGUUCGAACAGCCGCCAAUAGGUGCGCGUCUUUGCGUUGUAAGCACUGAUGUGGCAGAAACAUCUCUUACCAUACCGGCUAUUAAGUAUGUAGUUGAUUCUGGGAAGAAGAAAAUGAAGGUAUACGACCAUACAACGGGUGCGAGCGCCUGGCGUAUAGUGUGGACGUCGCAAGCGAGCGCGGAACAACGCGCCGGAAGAGCGGGACGUACGGGCCCGGGACACGCCUACCGGUUGUACAGUACUGCUGUGUUUCAACACGAUUGUCCGUCUCAUCAUCCUCCAGAUCUUUGCAGGCGACCUGUAGAUGACCUGCUGCUUCAGAUGAAGUGUAUGGGCAUUGAUAAGGUUGUGAACUUUCCGUUCCCAACUGCACCAGAUAGACUUCAACUACGGUUGGCAGAGAAACGUCUAGAAGUUUUGGGUAUUUUAGAAAAGCAUGUGUCGAAGAACAAGAAUGAUGACGAGGUAUUAAAAGUGACUUCGUUAGGUAAAGCGGUGUCAGCUUUCCCCCUUUUACCCCGCUAUGGAAAAAUGUUAGCGCUCAGUCAUCAACAAAACUUACUACCUUAUACUAUUGCGCUGGUGGCUGCACUCACAGUACCAGAGGUCAUGAGUGGUAAGCCCGACAGUUGGCCUGCUACUGGCAACACUUUGCUAUUGGGAGAUCCUGGAAUUUUACUACGAGCUGUGGGCGCGGCUGAAUUUGCCCAUGUUAAAGGCGAAGAAGAAUUGUUUUGUGCCAAAUAUGGGCUUAGAGAAAAGGCAGUGAAAGAAAUCCGCAAAAUCAGGAAACAGUUGACAAGUGAAAUUAAUCUAAGCGUGUCUGGCGUGAACGUGUCUGUCGAUCCAGAAAUGAAACCGCCAGAAGAUAGCCAGGCUAGGUUAUUGCGGCAGCUGCUUUUGAGUGGUCUGGGGGACCAAGUGGGCAGAAAGAUUGGCUUACAUGAAGUUAAAGAAGGUGAAGAUAAAAGAAAAUACAAAUACGCCUACCAUUGCGGUGAACUUGAGGAACCAGUGCAUCUACAUUCCGAGUCGAUAUUACGAAAGACCAUACCCGAGUGGGUGGUGUACCAGGAGUUGUAUGAGACUGGAGGAGAAGAAAAGAGAAAGAUGGUGAUGAGGAAUGUGGCUGCGAUUGAACCGGAGUGGCUUCCUAUAUAUGUACCGCAUUUGUGUAAUUUGGAGCCCUUGUCGGAACCGGAGCCUAGGUUUGAUGAGAAGAGUGGUCGAGUGAAGGGUCAUUAUAAAGGGACCUUUGGGAAAGCCUGUUGGGAGUUGCCAUCCAGUGAAAUUGAUUAUCCCGAUAAAAUUGACCGGUAUAGAUGGUUCGCCAAAUUCCUGUUAGAAGGCUCCGUAUUUCCUAAACUAAAGAAGUAUGCGCCGUCCCUUCUAUCUCCACCCUCUACCAUGAUCAAAAGUUGGUCGAAGUUGCAGCCACGAACUGAGAUACUGCUUAAAGCCCUCGCUGCCAGGCAUUGUGGUACGAGGGAUGAGGCCAAGAUAAUGUGGCAGGAACAAUCCAAAUAUCUUCUUGAUGAAUAUUUAAAAUGGCUGCCUGAGUCUGCGCAUAAUGAAGUCAGCUUAUUUUGGCCUCCACUAUGA